AUGGGUUCCACAACAUCAAACAAUUCUUUCCUCGACCAGCACCGCAUCAAAGGAAUCCUGCUCUAUGGUCCACCAGGAACUGGAAAGACGCAUCUCAGCCGCGCCAUAGCUAAAGAGUCCGGAGCAACCAUGCUAUCGGUCGACAGUGCGACGCUGGUGAACAAAUAUAUCGGCGAAAAAGAGAAGCAUAUCAAAGCUGCCUUCUCUCUGGCUUCGAGGUUAUCACCAUGCUUGAUCUUCCUCGACGAAGUGGACGCACUAUUCUACGAUCGAAGGACAGCCGAGAAGUCUUGGGAAAGAAGUGCUAUCACGCAGUUCCUUCUAGAAUUAGAUGGGUUGGUGAACAAUGAUAAGGCACCAUUUGUCAUAGUUGCCACAAAUCGUCCAUGGGACUUAGAUGCCGCUUUUUUACGCAGACUGCCUCAAAAGGUCCCAAUGAUGCUUCCAGAUGUCGAGGCUCGGUCCAAGAUUCUAAAAGUUAUUGUGAAGAGUGAAGACUUGGACCCUUUGGUCGAUAUUGAAGCAUUGGCUCGAGAGACUGACGGGUGCUCUGGGUCUGAUCUUCGAAAUCUUUGUUCAGAGACCGCGCUAAUGUGGGCGAUUGAGCAAAGCAAGAAAAGGCGGGGCAAAGAAAUCUCAUCUCUGGACUUUGAGAAGAUGCGCCUAAACUCGAAGCAUUUCACUAAAGCUCUCCAAAAGAUCAGACCUAGUGUGUCCAAAGAGUGUCUCCUUGAAUUCGAGGAGUUUAUUAAUCGCUUCAACCCACCACUUAACCAGGUAUGGUUUUGA